AUGGGAAGCACAUGCGAGUCGAAUGGUAGGUGUUUGCACAAGCCCUUGGCGGCCCUCAAUGGCAUGGAGCCGAUAGUCUUGCCAGUGUAUGGAGCGCCUAGCGCUGCGGAAUUGGACGUGUUGUUGGAGGCCCCAAUGCGGGAUGUGCCGGAGUUGCUGUUGCUGCUGCGUCGGCAACACUUUCAAGUGGAUGCAGCCAAUGAUUAUACGCUGUGGUUUCUCCACCACACGCGUGUGCCUCACAGCGUCCACAGCUAUGAUGCCCAGACAUGGGCUACUUGGAGCAAUCGUGAAAAUUAUGUGAUGGCGACGACCGCUUCUCAAUUGAGAGCGAACGCAGGACGAUUCAUUACACGGGCUGGUGUCUUUUUUUUCAUCAUCAUGGAGGAGCAGGAGAAUGAGCAAAAGCGUGGAAGGGUAGAGGAACGUCAGCAACUGGAGCAAAGCUUCAGGCAGCUGUGGACGCAGCAAAAAAUAUACAACACUUAUAUACUCACGGAUGAUGGGGUCUGGCACUACGAUCCCUUUGCGGAGGAGGAGCAGCAAAGAGGUCGCCUGGUGCGCUAUGUGGGCAGUCAGCCGCUGCAGCGUCUUUUGUUUCGCAAUAUGCGUGGCUAUCCGCUACGUGUGCAGAUCUUUAAGUCGGUCUAUGCUCGGCCGGAGAUCGAUGCAGCUACGGGCAAUAUCGAGCGUGUGACGGGGGCAGAUGCGUUGGUGGCAGAAUUGCUGAGUGAACGUCUCAAUUUCACCAUGGUAUUACAGCAGCCGGAUCGCAAUUACUUCGGCGAACGCUCCGCGAAUGGCAGCUACAAUGGUGCAAUUGGUUCUAUAAUUGCCGAUGGCCUGGAUAUUUGUCUGACCGGCUUCUUUGUCAAGGACUAUAUGGUGGAUGAGUAUAUGGACUUCACGGUGGCCGUAUACGAUGAUGAGCUGUGCAUAUAUGUGCCGAAGGCAAUGCGCAUUCCACAGUCCAUAGUUCCCAUAUUCGCUGUCGGCUAUGACAUUUGGUCGGGCUUCAUACUGAGUGCCUUUGCAUGCGCCAUCAUCUGGAUGAUGUUCCGUCUGGUGAACCUACACUUGGGAAUUGUGAAGGCGAAGGGACGUCGAUUGUGGCGACAGGCUUUGCGCAUUGUCGUCGACACGUGGGUGGUGUGGGUGCGGGUUAAUUUGUCACAAUUCCCCAGCAGCUAUUCGGAGCGUAUUUUUAUUGCAUCCCUUUGCCUGGUCAGCGUGAUUUUUGGUGCCAUAUUUGAAUCCAGUUUGGCAACUGUCUACAUUCAUCCGAUGCAUUAUAAGGACAUCAAUACGCUGCAGGAACUGGACGAAAGCGGGCUAAAGGUCGUCUAUAAAUACACAUCCAUGGCCGAUGAUUUGUUCUUUAGCGAGACUUCGCCCCUUUUUGCCAGUCUGAACAAGAAACUGUGGUGGAAUCGUGAUCUAUAUGCGGAUGUCAUCCAUCAGGUGGCAACAUAUGGAGGCAAGGCGGGUGUUUCAAGAUAUUCCUCGUUGAUUUUGGAGUCCACGCAUUUCCUGCUAAGCGGCCGCGUUUGGGUGAUUCCUGAAUGUCCCAAAUACUACACCAUUUCGUAUGUGCUGCCUAAAGAUGCGCCCUGGUCUGAUGCCGUAGAUGCACUGCUAUUGCGCAUGCUCAAUGCGGGCCUCAUCAAGAAAUGGAUCGAUGAUAUGAAGACCGAGGUGGAUAUUGCCAUGCAUGGCAAAACGCAUGAGUCGACGGACGAGGGCAGCACCUUUCGCGUACUCACCAUCGGGGACCUACAGCUCGCUUUCUAUGUAGUGCUCUGUGGAAAUCUGUUUGCUGGCUUGGGCUUCCUGGCGGAGCGAGGCUGGGCGCGUUGGGACCAAAAGCAGGCCACAAAACACAACCAAUAA